GUAACCAGCCCGCGCUGAUACUCGUCUAAAAAUGUGGUAAACCCCAUCCGUCCUUUCUCCAAUAUUCACAGACCCCUUCUUCUUCUUCUUCAUCAUAAUCAACAAUCUCUCCAACCAACUUCUUCCAAUAUGGCUCCUAACCCCAGUUCUCUCCUCGGCCCACCUGAGAUUUACCGACCACCUCCCACCACAAGGCCCCCGCCUUCUUCCUCCUCCUCCGCCAAAUCCGACCCCUUCAUGGACCUUAUGGUCGCCAACUUUAACACCCUCGCCGACAAUCCCCCUAUGGGCUUCACCGAAAACUACUCGGCAACCUUUCUUUCCAGCGGCAACCCUUGUUUGGAUUUUUUCUUUCACGUGGUUCCCAAUACCCCGCCAGAGUCCCUCACCCAACGCCUUCAACUCGCCUGGGAUUUCGAUCCCCUGACGACCCUUAAACUGAUUUGCAACCUCCGCGGCGUCCGCGGCACUGGAAAAUCUGACAAGGAGGGUUAUUACGUGGCCGCACUUUGGCUUCACAUUCACCACCCUAAAACCCUAGCCUGCAACGUGCCCGCCCUCGCUGAUUUUGGCUACUUUAAAGAUUUGCCCGAGAUUCUUUACAGGCUUCUCGAAGGAGCCGAUGUGCGAAAAAGGGCAAAAGACGAGCGGAGAAGUAAAACAGGGAGGAGGGGAUUCGGAUCAUGCGCCAGGAGGAAAAGAAGAUGCCAUCCAAUUUUUGGCACCAGAGGAGGAGGAAGGGCAAGGGCUGCCCCCUUUUCCAGGAAGCCCAAGAGGAGUGGGAACAAGGAGGGCGCCCCUCCCAGGGAGGCCAGAAUUCUGGCUAAUCGGCAGCAAGUUGAGAUGCAGAAACAAAUGGCCAGGAAUCAAAGAGAGGAGAAGAAAAUUAAGCAGGCCAAAAUGGCCGUUGAAAGGUAUCGCCGCGACCCAGAUUACAGAUUCUUGCACGAACGCGUGUCUGAUUUUUUUGCAGAACGCUUGAAAGCAGAUUUGGAGUCGUUGAAUUUUUGGGAAUUGAGCAAGAUAAGCCUUGCUGCCAAGUGGUGUCCCUCACUGGAUUCUUCCUUUGACAAAUCGACCCUCUUAUGCGAAAGCAUCGCGAGAAAGGUGUUCCCCAAGGAGUCCUAUCACGAAUACGACGGGAUUGAGGAUGCACAUUACGCUUAUCGCGUGAGAGACCGACUGAGGAAGCAGGUGCUGGUUCCCCUGCGCAAGGCUUUGGAAUUGCCCGAGGUCUACAUUGGCGCUAACGACUGGGGCUCCAUCCCUUAUAACAGGGUUGCAUCCGUGGCUAUGAAGAAUUACAAGGAGAAGUUUCUGAAACACGAUAAAGAAAGGUUUGAGGAGUAUCUGGCGAAGGUGAAGGAUGGCAAGGCCAAAAUUGCUGCUGGUGCAUUGUUGCCACACGAGGUUAUUGCGGCUUUAAAUGAUGGCGACGGUGGCGAAGUUGCUGAGUUGCAAUGGCGGAGAAUGGCGGAGGAUUUGGCCAACAAGGGAAAAUUGAAAAACUGCCUUGCAAUCUGCGACGUUUCGGGUAGCAUGUCCGGGGCACCCAUGGAGGUGUCUGUGGCUCUGGGGGUUUUGGUUUCUGAGCUGAGUGAAGAGCCAUGGAAAGGAAAGCUCAUAACGUUCAGCGCAAAUCCCAAGCUUCAGAAGGUUGAAGGGGAGGAUUUGAGAUCCAAGACGGAUUUCGCGAGGCAUAUGGAGUGGGGGAUGAACACCGAUUUUCAAAAGGUGUUUGAUUUGAUACUGAAGGUGGCAGUGAAUGGGAAGUUGAAGGAGGAUCAGAUGAUUAAGAGGGUGUUCGUUUUCAGUGACAUGGAGUUUGACCAGGCUUCCGCCCAUCCUUGGGAAACUGAUUACCAGGCAGUACUUAGGAAGUUUGGAGCAAAAGGGUAUGGAAAUUGUGUGCCAGAGAUAGUUUUCUGGAAUCUCAGAGACUCAAGGGCCACACCCGUCCCCCGAGAUCAGAAAGGGGUUGCACUUGUCAGCGGAUUUUCGAAGAAUCUGGUUACUCUAUUUUUGGAGGAUAAUGGAGGAUUGAACCCAGAAGCCGUCAUGGAGGCUGCAAUUUCUGGUGAUGAAUAUAAGAAGCUAGCAGUGCUGGAUUAAGAUAUAUGAGUAUAUAUGAGUAUUAAAUAUAUGAGUAUUAAAUAGCGGUAGUUACUUUUUCUACCUGUUAGACGUGUACAAAUUUUCUUCUAGAGGCAAUGAAAAAGAAAUCUUGAAUUCCUGUCUUUGAUUUGAUGAUUUUUUUCCCCCUGUUUUGCACUUAUUUUAUUUGGGGUACUUUUCAUUGAUAAUUGACAUACACUCGGGAA